UAGUUUUCCCUCUCAUUCAGGUUUCAAAGAAAAGAUGAAAAAGAUGUACAAAAGAGUAAUCAAUCUUCGGGAUGAGGUCGAUCAAAUUAGAGAGAAAAUUUUGGUUAAUCGACCACCAGAAACUGUUAAGAAUAUGAGGGCACCAGAUAUCAAAAAAAUUGAAACACUUCAAAAGUCACUAGAACAGAUACUGGAUCUGCUGAAAGGCAACAAGGUUAAAGGGAUCAGAAUCCACGGGCCACUGGGGAUUGGGAAAACAACCAUAAUGCUCAACUUGAAUAACCACGAACAAGUUGCCAAAAUGUUUGACAUAGUCAUCUGGCUCAAAGUAUCAAAAGAGGGGAGCAAGGAAAAUUUGAGCAGGAAGUGUCUACAACUGGAUAUUGUGCAAAGACUACAACUCAAGAUGGGAGACACUAGUAAUGCUGAUGAAGUUUCCCAAAGAAUACUAACGGAGUUGAAGGACAAGAACUACUUGUUACUUUUGGAUGAUGUCAAGGAUGAUGUCAAUUUAUAUGAAAGAGGGAUUCCUUAUAGCAACAAUCGCAGCAAAAUAGUAUUGACGACCAGGCUGCAUCAUGUUUGUUCCUCAAUGGUGAAGAAGGAAAUUAAGGUGACGUAUUUAUCUAUAGAUGAGGCAUGGAAGAUGUUUCAAGAUGUUUUAGGAAGCCCAAAACUUGUUGAAAAUCCAGAAAUUGGGCCACUUGCAUGGCUAGUGUGCAGAGAGUGUGGUGGGCUUCCACUCUUGAUUGAAAAAGUAGCAAAUACUUUCAAACUGAAAAAUGACAUGUACCUUUGGAGUGAGGGAUUGAAUAGUUGGAGGAUGUGGCCUGAAAAAGAAUGCCAAGGCAUUCGAGAAAUGUAUAAACUGUUGAAAUUUUGUUAUGAUGACUUGGAUGAGGACCGACAAAAGAAAUGCUUUCUUUAUGGUGCAUUAUAUCUAGGAGGCAUUGACAUAAACACAAAUUCUUUGUUGGAGUGUUGGGCAGCUGAAGAUCUCCUUGGCAAUGAUCAUGGCAAAACAAAGACAAGUGUCAUGAUUGCACGUUGCAUGUUGAAUCGCCUUAUGAAUGUGUCAUUACUUGAGGAAGGUAAGAGUGAGAAUCACGUUACAAUGCACAAAUUCAUGCGACAAGUGGCCUUGUAUAUAGCAGAAGAUGAUUCUGAAUGUAAAUGUCUUGUACGAACAAAUAGAUCAUUAAGAGAGGCCCCAGAUGUGAAAUCUUGGAGUGACAAAAAUAGGAUCUCCUUGGGUGACAAUGAGUUGGUUUGGUUACCAGAUUCCCCUUGUUGUACCAUGCUUUCCACACUCUUCCUGCAAAAAAAUUUGGAUCUGACCAAAAUCCCUCAGUUAUUCUUCAAACAUAUGAAAAAUCUUCGAGUUUUGGAUUUAUCUCAUAUUGGAAUAAUUUUGUUACCAUCAUCAAUAUCAAUGUUGAUUAGUCUCAAAAAUCUAUAUCUAAAUGAUUGCAAAGAUUUAAUGGAGCUCCCUUCUAACAUUGGUGAACUUGCUCAACUUGAAGCACUUGAUAUUCGGGGGAGUGGAGUCAAUAAUAUACCACCUCAUAUUGAAAAAUUGAUCCAUCUAAGACGUUUGCUAGUAUCCUUCACCAAGUUGAGAAAUGGAAAUGCCACUCAAGAGGUAGCUUUUGGUUACAAUAUGAUAUCAAAACUAUCUAGAUUGGAAGAAUUGGUCAUUGAUAUGAAAUCACCUGAGCAGUGGUCCAAUGAGGUGGUAGAAAAUAUCAUAAAAGAAGUGGCUUCAUUGAAAGAAUUGAAGAUUUUGAAGUUUUGCAUCUCCAACAAGGUUGUAGAUUUCAUAAAGCUAGUGAAUAUGAAUGUCCGUAUAUGCCUUUCUGAGGCAACAAGUCUUCAAAGUUUUAUGGAAAGAAGUUCAGGGAGAAAUAUCCAAAGCAUCAGGUUCUUUCAAAUUUUCAUUGGUUGCCAAAACUCAGAACAUCCUGAAAUUCCUGACUUCAUCAAGUAUGAAAGGUAUAUCAAAUAUUGCAAUGGUGCAGGAAGCAAUUUUCCAACUCUUGAUGUUCUUGCUCGAGCUAAUGCAUUUGAAUUGGUCAACCACAAGGAUAUCAAGCAUCUAUCAGACUUUGGAAUUGCAAGCUUGAAAAGGGUCUUAGGUUGUCUGGUUGAAAGUUGUGAUGCAAUUGAAGCAAUAGUGGGUACAGUGGACAGUGCAGAGCCAGUACUACCGAACUUAGAGGACUUGUACAUAAAGAAUUUACCGAGGUUGGAAAGCAUUUGUAAGGGCCCAAUGCAACCUGGAAGCCUAACCAAAUUAACAACUCUACAUCUGACAAGCUGUCAAAUGAUGGUUAAGAUUUUUUCCUCUAGGCGUGAUUCAACAACUUCAUGAACUCCAGUAUUUGAGAAUUGAAAAGUGCCAAGAAAUUGAAGAAAUAAUUGCAGAAUCUGACAUGGUUGGAAAUCUGAAUUUACUGCCAAAGCUAAAGGAACUAAUUCUCCUUGAAAUGCAAAAAUUACGAAGUGUUUGCGCAAUUGAGUCACUGGAGUGGAGAUCCUUGGAGAAGAUUGUUCUGUUUUGUUUAAAGUACCUUUCAACAAAAAGAAUGCAGCAAAGCUGCAAACUAUUGAAGCAGAGCAGCAAUGGUGGGAAGCAUUGCAGUGGCAGAAUGAUGAGGCCAAAGAACGGUUUCAAAAAUUAUUUACCUUCAGUCCAUAGAUCUCGCAAUGAGGCUACUCUCUGAAGAUGGUCGUAUGAGCUUUCAAAAUCCAGCAGCACUGGAUCCUUUUCGCCUUCACUCUUUUGAGAAAAAUACUAUCUGUGUCAUGAAGUUUCCGAGUUAGUUUGGAUGCGAUAGUGUUGUUGUUGAGUGCUUCUUCUUGUGUUUGUUCCUUCCUGAUGGAGCAACUUUACAUAAGGUAUUCAUAUAUGAAAAUAGCUGAGCUACUAUUUUCUGUUUUGUUUGAUGUUCUACAAAACAAGACUCUUACGAACUGACCAUG